ACCAUAACCUCAAUAACCUGUUGCGAUCUCUCGCGUGAUUUACAUCCCGGGGCGACGGGAAGCCGGAGUUCGUUGCAAAGCGCGCGCUAUCAGUAGGGCGAGAUGCCGAAGAAGAAGACCGGGCAGAGGAAGAAGGCCGAGAAGCAGAAACUUCGGCAGAAGGAGAUCAGAGCUGCCAAGGAGCAGAUUGAUCUGGCCAAGUUUCCCUGCAACUCCGUGAUGGAGUGCGACAAGUGCAAUAAGAAGCAAAAGAGCCGUGCCUUCUGUUACUUCUGCCAGAGCGUGCAGCGACUGCCCAUAUGCGCGCAAUGCGGCAAGAUCAAGUGCAUGCUGAAGACGGGAGACUGCGUGGUGCGUCAUCCCGGGGUCUUCACCACGGGACUGGGAAUGGUGGGAGCCAUAUGCGAUUAUUGCGAAGCCUGGGUAUGCCACGGAAGACGUUGCCUCACCAGUCACGCCUGCGUCUGCCCGCUGAUGGACGCCGUUUGUCAGGAAUGCGAGAGAGGCGUUUGGGAUCAUGGCGGAAGAAUAUUCAAGUGCUCGUUCUGCGAUUGCUUCCUGUGCGAGGACGAUCAGUUUGAGCAUCAAGCGUCCUGCCAAGUACUGGAAGCAGAAAAUUUCAAAUGCCAGUCGUGUAAUCGUUUGGGACAGUACUCUUGUCUCAGGUGUAAGACGUGCUAUUGCGAGGAUCACGUUCGUAGAAAAGGUUUUAAAUACGAGAAGAACAAGGCUAUUCCUUGUCCAAAGUGCAGCUACGAGACAUCACAGACUAAGGAUCUAAGCAUGUCCACGAGGAGUCACAAGUUUGGCAGACAAAACCAGGGUGGUCCAUCCGAAUCCGACGAUGAAAACGGAUAUAAUUAUGGAAAUCAAGAGUCUUGUUAUGGAACUAGUUAUGCCAAUGACAAUGAAGAUGAAGAUGAUGACUAUGAUGAUGAUGAUGAUGAAGACGAUGAUGACGACGAUACAGAGGAUGAUGACGAUGAAUCGUCAAGUGCAGAUGAAGAAAAAAAAGAUAUCAAAACACAAGAAAGUUCAGAGAGUAAAAAUAAAGCUUAGCACAUUUACAGAUGAGUAAAAUAGCAAUAAUUGAGAAUGAGAUAUCAAUUGUCGAAAAAUUUAAUCACGCACAAGUAUGCGGGAAGAAAUUGAGAAUUCUUGAAAAAGAAUAAUUCUAAUUUGUAAAUACAGAUUGAUUUCCAAUUCCCCUAGGUACUCAUAUAUUUAAUAUACACAAUAUUUAA